CCCACCACGACCGAAGCUCCAAGCUCCUCACAACCCGCAAUCGAAGACUGGGAGAGGCGGACAAGGCAAAAAAAUGGAGCAGACAAAAGCACUCAACGCCCUGGAGCCCUUCCUCGCGCUCAGCAAGUCCGCAACAUCACCCAGGGCAGCCGCGGAUCUCGUCACCCAAGCUACCUCCGCACCGAACACUUACGUCUUCGCGGAGCUCCUGCAGACGCCGAACAUCCAGAAGCUGCGGGAGUCUCAGGACUAUGCUUCGUACCUCACGCUGCUGGAGAUCUUCUCAUGGGGGACCUGGGAGGACUACAAAGCCCAGCGCCCCAACCUCCCCAAGCUCUCCGCCCCCCAGCACCAAAAGCUCCUCCUCCUAACCCUCCUCCCGCUCGCCCGCUCCCGCAAAACCCUAACCUACCCCUCCCUCACCACGGCCCUCGACCUACCCACCCCGCGCGCCCUCGAAGAACUCAUCACCACCGCCAUCUACGCCGGCCUGCUCACCGCAACGCUCGACCCCGCGCACUCCCUCGUGAGCGUGACCUCGGUCGCGCCGCUGCGCGACCUGGCGCCGGGCGCGCUGCCCGCGCUGCAGGCGGCGCUGGCCACGUGGGCGCAGCGCAGCGACGCGGCGCUCGCGGAGCUGGAGGCGCGCGUCGCGGAGGUCAAGAGGGCGGCGGUGCGGCGCGAGAAGAUGCGGCGCAAGAGGGAGCGCGCGCUCGAGGUGGCGGUCCAGACGAGCGAGGAGAAGGGCGCGGGGAAGCGUGGGGCGCUGGGCGAUGAGGACUUUAUGGAUAUUGAUCAGGAGGGGGGUGGUGGACGGGUGACGCGGGGGACGAAGCGCGGUGCUGGGGGGUUCAACUUCGCGAGCAUGGGGCGCAGGAUAGGAUGAGCGUGGUGGGGUGUCGUAUGUCUACUGAGCGAGCGGUAGCUGCGUGAGCUUUGUGGUGCACUCCUGCUUGUGACUUGAGGGGUCCUCAGACACGGUAUAGCUACUCUUGGAGUGCGUGGACUCAUCCAGGGAGUGUACGGCCUUGCGGAAGAUCAUGAAAAGGCCAGUGUCCAGGGCAUGGACUAGGUCAUUCCAGUCUCCAUCGACCGAGUCAGGAUGGAUAGGAUAGAUGAAGGAUAAGACUUGUCCGAUUCAACCUUCUCGCUAUUAUGACAGUAUCCUAUGCAUGACCCUGCGCACAGCCUC